UGUGUUUUUAUUUAGCUCUGUGUCACAGAAACUUUCUGCCACAAAGAGAGACAUCAACGACAGAAAAUGUUCUCAGGUACCAACCAAGAUGAACACCCGUCGGGCUACAACUUCGACCUGGACGAUGCCCUCGUAGCGGGUGGAGACAAGGAUCAUGGUUGCGAUCAACAGAAGGACAAGAAGGAUGACAAGGAUCGCCAAAGAUCCCGUGAUAAGGAUGAUGACGAGAAGCAACGCCACAGACGUGAUAAGGAUGAUGACGACAAGGAUCGCCAAAGACACCGUGAUAAGGAUGAUGACGACAAGGAUCGCCACGGAUGCCGUGAUAAGGAUGAUGACGAGAAGCAACGCCACAGACGUGAUAAGGAUGAUGACGACAAGGAUCGCCAAAGACACCGUGAUAAGGAUGAUGACGACAAGGAUCGCCACGGAUGCCGUGAUAAGGAUGGUGACGAGAAGCAACGCCACAGACGUGAUAAGGAUGAUGACGACAAAGAUCGCCACGGAUGCCGUGAUAAGGAUGAUGAUGAGGAGAAGGAACGCCGCAGACGUCGUCGUGCUGAACGUAGGCAAGAACGUAUAAAACGCAGAGAACAAGGUUGUGGCAGUGGAAGCGGCAGUGGAAGUGGAAGUGGCAGCGAAAGCAGCAGCGGCAGCAGCAGUGAUGAUGGGCACGGAGGCCGUCGCAAGCACAAACAUGGUCACAAACAUGGUCACAAACAUGGGCGUGGGCAUGGCCGUGGGCACGGUCAUGGGCACGGUCAUGGUCAUGGGCAUGGAGGAUGCAAGUAGAAUACAGGCAGCAGACACCCAGUCCACAACAUGUCAUGUGAAUCUCCACCUGUCGCUGUGCAAAGAAAAAGCUGUAUUUCUGCACAUGAAUUAAAACAAUAGACAUAUGUAUUUCCUCAAGCAAUUUAUGUUUAGGGCUGAAAUGUGAGUUUUCUGGAAACUUUAAUGCAUAAUAAAGAUAAAUAAAGACAUUUAAGGUG